AUGGAACAGAUGCUUACAGUUUUGACUGAAGUAAUAAUGCAACAACAGAGACAACAACCUUUGCCUCAUCCGUCUCCGCCGGUACAAGUUGAACCGAAUAACAAUGACAUUAUCAAUCUGACUCAGGAAUUUAUGAAAAUGAAACUGCUGACCUUCUUGGGGGGCAUUGAACCAUUAAAGGCAGAAACUUGGUUGCUAGAGAUGGAAAAAUUAUUUGAAGUGUUUCCGUGCUCCACAACUCAGAAAGUACUCUUAGCCACUUACACCCUAAAGGACGAAGCUCGGAGAUGGUGGUUGUUGGUCCGAAACAACAACGGGGAUACAUGGGCUCAAUUCAAUGAGAUAUUCUAUAACAAAUACUUUCCUCAAUGCUUCAGGGAUCGAAAAGUGUCAGAAUUUCAAGAACUUAAGCGGGGUAAGAUGUCUGUGGCCGAGUAUGAAGCCAAAUUCACGGAGUUGGCUCGGUUUGCCCCAAUACAUGGUCGAUAUUGA